GUCCUUCUAGACCUUGUCACUACGCCGACUGCGGCACUGUACGUAUGGCCUUACUCUACGCUGUUUGUUUUCUUGUACCGCCAUCGCCCGGGGACGCACUGCAGGCGCCUUAUUUUCUUUGCAAUACUCCCUUGUCUUAUCAUGCUGAUUUGUAUGCCAAUCACAGAAUUGCAUGUACUUUGGCUAUUGAUACUAGCACAUCGAGUACCUAAGAGCGAAUCAAAAGAGAAUACCGGAAACUACAUCAUCGCUUACUGCAGUUGA